GGAUCCAUCAUGGCGGAACUCAAGGUGGAGACCCGGGCCAUUGUGGACUGGCAGAAACGCUGCCUGGCCCUGGAGACCCAGCUUUUCCGGUUCCGCCUACAGGCAAGCAAGAUAAGGGAGCUGCUGGCUGACAAGAUGCAAGAACUGGAGCAGAGGCUGUUGGAGGCGGAGCAGAGAGCAGAGAACGCAGAGACUCAGGUGAGUGUGAUGGAAGAGAAGGUGAAACUGUCCAAUCUGAAGAAUGUGGACUCACCAGGCAGCCUGCACCAGAAGUACCAAGAAUUGCUGAAAGUCGUGCAGGACAAAGAUGAGCUCAUCAGCCAGCUGGAGGCCCAGCUGGAGAAGCAAAAGCAGAUGAGAGCUGAGGAAGCAAAAACUGUUCAAGAAAAGGCUGCAAAGAUCAAGGAAUGGGUGACAUUAAAGUUAGCAGAGCUUGAGAUGGACAAUCAGCACCUGAAAAGCUGCAAUCAGCAUCUGGUGGGGCAGGUGGCAAUCCUUCAAGAUGCACUGGAAGCUCUUCAGGUGGCACCUUCAGGGAAGUUGCUGGUGGCCCCCCAGGAAAUCCCAGAGCAGGUUGCUGUCACUUCAGCGCCUGCAACCCAGCCAAUGGGGCAGGACAGUGGUCCUCAGACUGAGGGUUCACUGCAGGUGGCUGUGCCUGUACCUUGUCCAGAUGCCCUGCAGAACAAGGAUUCUGUUCCUGAAGAUGGGAGCUACUUGGAGGACUUUGGUUCCAGCCUGGUCCACUCUGGGGAAGGAGCAGAGGCUGAGACUCCUCAAGCUUAUGUGGGAAGAGAGGGCUUUCCCGCUCAGCUGUGCAUGAAGCAUCAUCCCCCCAGAUAUGGUUCUGCUUCCUGGGGUGAAGGCCCAGGUGGUGUUCAGGGAGGGAUUCUCCCUGGGACAAAGAUUUCCACCAGAGAAGGUGGCCCUGGCAGCAGCCUGACCCUUCCAAAGGCACGGGCUCCUGGCACCCCCCGGGACAGUAUCCAGCUGGCCAAGCGGCACCACAGUCAACCCCAGGUGGGCCCUGGGCACUUUAACCACGUGGUGAGCAUUGAGAUUGGAGCCCUCCACCCCUCCAGCCUCCUUGAGGUGAAGACUCAAGCUGAGCUCCAGGAGGAACCAGAGAAGAUGGAGAUGGAGGAGCCAACCUCAGCAGGGAAGAAGGAGAGUGGAGAAAGCCCAAAAGUCCCUAGAGCUGACCUGAAAGAGGCGGAGCCAGGACACAAACCGCCCACACCACCCCUGCACCGGUUUCCAUCCUGGGAGAGCCGAAUCUACGCCGUGGCCACCUCUGGCAUGCAGCUCUCAGACACUGCUCCAAGAAAUAACACUGCCAGCUGUGCAGUGAAAGCACAAAGCAAGGAUACCUUUCAGGGAAAAGAAGUCAUGGAGGUUCAGCUCAUUUCCUGCCAGGUGGAAAGAGCCACGCAGAUCAGCAACAUGCCCUUUGUGGAUGAGUCCUCUGGGUCCGAUGAUGACUGUAGCUCUCAGGCGAGUUUCCAAACUUCCGUCUCCUGCUCUGAGUCCAGGAAGACCAGUGGACUGGGCAGUCCCCGGGCCAUCAAAAGAGGCGUCUCUAUGUCCUCACUGAGCUCUGAAGGCGACUAUGCCAUCCCCCCGGAUGCCUGCUCGCUGGACAGUGACUACUCAGAGCCUGAGCACAAACUACAGCGCACCUCAUCCUACUCCACCGAUGGGCUGGGCCUAGGCGGGGAGUCACUAGAGAAGUCAGGCUACCUGCUAAAAAUGGGGAGCCGGGUGAAGACGUGGAAGAGGCGCUGGUUUGUCCUGAGACAGGGGCAGAUUAUGUACUACAAGUCUCCGAGUGAUGUCAUCCGGAAACCUCAAGGUCAAGUGGAACUGAACUCGCGUUGCCAAAUUGUUCGAGGGGAGGGUGCACAGACAUUCCAGCUCAUUUCUGAGAAGAAAACCUACUACCUGACGGCUGAUUCACCCAGCCUGCUGGAGGAGUGGAUCCGAGUACUGCAGAGCCUGCUUAAAGUCCAGGCCAUUGGGCCUCCAGCCCUACCUCAAGGUGGCACCAAGCCCACUGUGAAAGGUUGGCUGACCAAGGUAAAGCAUGGCCACUCCAAGCUGGUCUGGUGUGCUCUCACUGGAAAAACCUUCUAUUACUACCGGAGCCAUGAGGACAAGCGACCCCUAGGCCAUCUGCCCAUGCGGGAUGCGCGGAUAGAGGAAGUAGAUCGAUCCUGUGACUCUGAUGAGGACUAUGAGGCCGGAGGGACUGGGCGGUUGCUUUCCUCCCAUUGCACAUUGGUGAUCCACCCCCCAGAGCACAGCCCCACCUAUCUCCUCAUUGGCACCAAGCAUGAAAAGGACACGUGGCUUUACCACCUCACAGUGGCUGCAGGUGGUAGCAGUGCCAAGGUGGGCACUGCCUAUGAGCAGCUCAUCGGAAAACUGAUGGAUGGUGAGGGAGAUCCAGAUUCCCCCCUGUGGAGGCACCCCAUGCUGUGCUACAGUAAGGAUGGGCUGUAUACCUCCCUCACCACCUUGCCCUCAGAGGCCCUGCAGACGGAGGCCCUCAAGCUCUUUAAGUCCUGCCAGCUCUUCAUCAACGUGCCUGUAGAAGCCGCCUCAGUGGACUACCAUGUGUCCCUGGCCCAGACGGCACUGCAGGUGUGCCUGGUUCACCCCGAGCUGCAGAGUGAGAUCUACUGUCAACUCAUGAAGCAGACUAGCUGUCGCCCGCCUCAGAAGUACUCCCUCAUGCAGUGCUGGCAGCUCCUGGCUCUAUGUGCCCCACUCUUCCUGCCUCAGCAUCACUUCCUCUGGUAUGUCAAACAGCAACUCCAACGCCAUGCAGACCCCAGGAAUGAAACUGGCCAGUAUGCCACCUAUUGCCAGCGGGCAGUAGAGCGGACUCUGCAGACUGGGGAACGGGAGGCCAGGCCAUCUCGCAUGGAGGUGGUGUCCAUCUUGCUGCGUAAUCCCUUCCACCACUCCUUGCCCUUCAGCAUCCCUGUGCACUUUGCCAAUGGGACUUACCAGGUGGUGGGUUUUGAUGGCUCCUCCACAGUUGAUGAGUUCCUCCAGCGGCUGAACCAGGAGACAGGCAUGAGAAAAUCCUCCCACUCUGGCUUUUCCCUCUUCACGGACGAUCCUUCUGGCAGGGACCUGGAACACUGUCUCCAAGGAAGUGAGAAGAUCUGUGAUGCCAUCUCCAAGUGGGAACAAGCCCUGAAGGAGCUGCAUCCUGGGAAGUCUGAGGGUGGCACACGCAUCGUGAAGCUGAUGUACAAGAACAGGCUGUACUUUCGGAGUCAAGUCAAAGGGGAGACUGAACGAGAGCGGCUGCUGCUUGCCUCCCAAACUAGUGGAGAGAUAGUGGCAGGGAGAUUUCCUGUCAAUAAGGAACUGGCUCUUGAGAUGGCUGCCCUGAUGGCCCAGGUAGAAUAUGGAGACUUAGAGAAGCCUAUCUUACCAGGCCCUGGGGGCACACUGCCUGCCAAGACUCAGCAUCUCCUCCAGCAGGUCCUAGACAGGUUCUACCCAAGGCGCUACAGACAUGGGGCUCCCCCUGAACAGCUGAGGCACCUGGCAGAUAUGCUGACCACAAAGUGGGCAGCACUGCAAGGCUGCUCCCCUCCCGAGUGCAUCCGCAUCUACCUGACCGUGGCCCGGAAAUGGCCCUUCUUUGGUGCUAAGCUCUUUACUGCUCGGCCUGUCCAGCUGUCUUCUAAAGAGAACACUCUGGUGUGGAUUGCUGUGAAUGAAGAUGGUGUCAGCAUCCUGGAUCACAACACUAUGCAAGUGCACAUCACUUACCCCUACUCUUCAGUGACUACCUUUGGUGGCUGCCGGGAUGACUUCAUGCUUGUGAUUAGAUCCAUUCCAGACCAGAGCUCUGGAAAAGGCCAUAUUGAGAAGUUGCUCUUCCACAUGUCUACUCCUAAGAUUGCAGAGGCUACCCUCAUCAUGGCCAGCUACAUGAACCAUUGCUCAGCAACUGUGAAACCACCGACCAACUCACCUGCUUCCCGCCAACUUUGGGAACUGGAUGGACGACAGUUCUUUGCUUCUCUUCCACGUGCUACCAGGGGGCCAACAUUACUGUGA